AACAAAAUAUUUUCUCCGCCGAGUUUGCAGCAAAAAUCACCAUCAGACCACACAGCAAGUGGUGUAAUUUUUUAAUGUAAAAAUUUGUAAAGUUUCAGGUCGUAACAAAAAUGUACACACUGCUCAGCGGUUUCUACAAAUAUCUCACACAAAAGGACGAAUAUUGCAUACUCAUUCUAGGGCUGGACAAUGCAGGCAAAACGACCUACCUGGAGGCGGCCAAGACCAAAUUCACAAAGAACUACCGCGGCAUGAACCCGAGCAAGAUAACCACCACAGUCGGACUGAACAUUGGCCAGAUUGACCUGCACGGCAUUCGGAUGAGCUUUUGGGACUUGGGUGGCCAGCAGGAGCUGCAAUCGCUGUGGGACAAGUAUUACUCGGAAUCGCACGCCGUGAUUUACGUGGUGGACUCGAACGACCGCGAGCGGAUGCACGAGACGAAGGAGGUGUUUGACCGAAUGAUCGCGAACGAGUACCUGUCCGGGGUGCCGCUGCUGGUGCUGGCCAACAAGCAGGACUUGCCUGAUUGUAUGGGCGUGCGGGAGAUCAAGCCAGUGUUCCAGGAGGCGGGCCAUUUGAUUGGGCGGCGCGACUGUUUGGUGAUGCCGGUUUCGGCGCUGACGGGCGAAGGCGUAGACGAAGGCAUCAAAUGGCUCGUGGAAUCGAUCAAACGCAACUCGUUCACCCGACCACCCAAAACGGAAGACACCUGAUGACUUUGCAACGGACCCAUACUUCCUGU